AUGAAACGUACAGCAACGAUCGCAGGCAUAGCUAGCAUUGCUAUACUAGCCGCCACGUCCGUUCAGGCUCAGCAGUCUGGAUAUGGCCAAUGUGGUGGGGAGAGCUGGACUGGUGCAACCACCUGCGUGUCUGGAUGGACAUGCACAUUUCUCAGCGAAUAUUACUCCCAAUGUCUACCAUCUUCUAGUACUUUGACCACCACGACCUCUUCUACGACAUCCUCAGCAACUUCAACCUCAGCGGCAAGCACAGCGACUAGCACCAGUGGUGGAAAGUUGCAAUGGUUCGGCGUUGAUGAAUCGUGCGCAGAAUUCGGAACGGCGAUGCCCGGUACUUGGGGUGUAGAUUUCACUUUUGCGGAUACGACGACAAUUGGUGAAUUCAUCAGUCAGGGCUUCAACAUUUUCCGUAUUCCAUUUGCCAUGGAACGAAUGGCACAGGGCUCUGUUGACGCGGCUUUGGAUGAGGCAUACUUGACCAACUACUCAGUUGCAGUCAACUACAUCACGGAAAAUGGGGCAUAUGCCGUGCUCGAUGCUCACAAUUAUGGCAGAUAUAAUGGCAGCAUCAUCACCGAUACUACGGCUUUCCAGACGUUCUGGUCUAACAUGGCAACCGCUUUCAAGGACAAUUCGAACGUGAUCUUCGACACAAACAACGAGUAUCAUGAUAUGGAUGAAACCCUAGUCUUUGACUUGAACCAGGCAGCUAUCGAUGGCAUUCGGGGCGCCGGCGCGACAACGCAGUAUAUCUUCGCCGAAGGAAAUAGCUGGACGGGAGCAUGGACAUGGAACACUACCAAUGACGCCCUCAAGGACCUGGAUGAUCCCGAGGACUUGCUAAUCUAUGAAAUGCAUCAAUAUCUUGACUCCGACGGAUCUGGCACGAGUGCGACAUGUGUCUCGUCGACUAUUGGGGUUGAGCGAGUCGAGGGUGCAACAGCUUGGUUGAAGUCGAAUGGGAAGCUGGGUAUCCUAGGGGAAUACGCCGGUGGACCGAAUUCGGUGUGCGAAGACGCUGUAACGGGAAUGUUGGACCAUCUCACAGCAAACAAUGAUGUUUGGCUUGGAGCUGUUUGGUGGGCGGCCGGUCCGUGGUGGCCAGCAGAUACUUGGGCCAGUAUCGAGCCACCAAGUGGACAGGCUUAUGUUUACUAUGAUGAGAUUCUGCAGGCCUACGUAUAG